AAAAAAAAGAAAGAAAAAAGCAAAAUCAACAACACAAAACUGGGUCCCGCAGCCGGCGGCGGGCAGCGCGCCAGGGAUCCGGAGGCGGCCCCCGGGCUGGGGGUUGGGGUGUGUGUGGGGGGGGACGGACGGCGAGUCCCGGAGGGCGCGGCCGGCGGGAGGGGCCGGGGCGGCGCCGUCUGGGACGCGCUGGGCCCGGCAGGUGACCCGGGCCGGAGUCCGAGCCGAGCCCGCGCGGCCGCAGCUGGGAGGCGGCUGGAGUUGGCCGGAACAUGGCGGAGUAGCCGGGCCCAGGUCGCCGCCAUGGCCCGCUGGAUCCCCACCAAGAGGCAGAAGUACGGGGUUGCCAUCUAUAACUUCAAUGCCUCUCAAGAUGUGGAGCUCUCCUUGGAGAUCGGGGACACGGUCCACAUCCUGGAGAUGUACGAGGGUUGGUUCAGAGGAUACACCCUCCAAAAUAAAUCUAAAAAGGGCAUUUUCCCUGAAUCAUAUAUCCACUUGAAGGAGGCAACUGUGGAAGAUAGAGGGCAGCAUGAGACCGUGAUUCCUGGUGAGCUGCCCCUGGUCCAGGAGCUGACAUGCACGCUGCGAGAGUGGGCUGUCAUCUGGCGCAAGCUCUAUGUGAACAACGAGGUCAUACUCUUCCGCCAGCUGCAGCAGAUGACGUACAGCCUGAUCGAGUGGCGGUCCCAGAUCCUGUCUGGAACACUCCCCAAGGAUGAGCUGGCAGAGCUCAAGAAAAAGGUCACAGCCAAAAUCGAUCAUGGGAACAGAAUGCUUGGGUUAGAUCUGGUAGUGCGAGACGACAAUGGGAACAUCUUGGACCCGGAUGAAACCAGCACCGUUGCCCUCUUCAGGGCUCAUGAAAUGGCCUCCAGAAGGAUUGAGGAGAAGAUCCAGGAAGAAAAGUCAAUUCUGCAGAACGUGGACCUGCGGGGCCAGUCCAUCUUCAGUGCCGUCCACACCUAUGGCCUCUAUGUGAACUUUAAGAACUUUGUCUGCAACAUUGGAGAAGAUGCGGAGCUGUUCAUGGCCCUCUAUGACCCCGACCAGUCUACCUUCAUCAGUGAGAACUAUUUAAUUCGUUGGGGCAGUAAUGGAAUGCCAAAGGAGAUAGAGAAGCUCAAUAACCUUCAGGCCGUCUUUACUGACCUCAGCAGCACGGACCUCAUCCGGCCCCGCAUCAGCCUCGUGUGCCAGAUCGUCCGCGUGGGCCACAUGGAGCUGAAGGAGGGGAAAAAGCACACGUGUGGACUCCGAAGACCUUUUGGGGUGGCAGUGAUGGACAUUACUGAUAUCAUUCAUGGGAAGGUGGAUGAUGAAGAAAAGCAGCAUUUUAUUCCCUUUCAGCAAAUAGCAAUGGAGACCUAUAUUCGGCAGAGACAGCUAAUCAUGUCACCACUGAUUACAUCCCAUGUGAUUGGGGAGAAUGAGCCACUCACUUCGGUCUUGAAUAAAGUGAUAGCAGGAAAGGAAGUGAACCACAAAGGACAAGGGCUCUGGGUGUCCUUGAAGCUCUUGCCGGGCGACCUCACGCAGGUUCAGAAGAACUUUUCUCACUUGGUGGAUAGAUCAACCGCAAUAGCUCGGAAAAUGGGCUUCCCUGAAAUAAUACUUCCAGGAGAUGUUCGUAAUGAUAUUUAUGUUACCCUAAUCCAUGGGGAGUUUGACAAAGGGAAAAAGAAGACCCCGAAGAAUGUGGAGGUGACCAUGUCUGUGUAUGAUGAGGAGGGCAAGCUCCAGGAAAAAGCAAUUCAUCCUGGUGCUGGAUAUGAAGGCAUUUCUGAGUACAAAUCAGUAGUCUACUAUCAAGUCAAGCAGCCCUGCUGGUAUGAGACUGUUAAGGUGUCCAUUCCUAUAGAAGAAGUUGCGCAUUGCCAUAUAAGAUUUACCUUCCGACAUAGAUCAUCUCAGGAAUCCAGAGAUAAAUCAGAGCGAGCCUUUGGGGUGGCCUUCGUGAAAUUGAUGAACCCCGAUGGCACCACUCUGCAGGACGGGAGACAUGACCUGGUGGUUUAUAAGGGUGACAACAAGAAAAUGGAAGAUGCUAAGUUCUACCUGACCCUUCCUGGGACCAAAUUAGAGAUGGAAGAAAAAGAGCUCCAAGCAUCCAAAACUCUGACCAACUUUACUGCGAGCAAGGAGAGCACAAAGGAUAGCUUUCAGAUCGCCACUCUCAUUUGCUCUACAAAGCUCACACAGAAUGUUGACCUGUUAGGCUUAUUAAAUUGGCGUUCAAACUCCCAGAACAUUAAACACAACUUAAAGAAGCUAAUGGAGGUGGAUGGAGGAGAGAUUGUUAAGUUUUUGCAAGAUACACUAGAUGCACUUUUUAACAUAAUGAUGGAGAAGUCUGACAAUGAAACAUACGAUUUUCUUGUGUUUGAUGCACUGGUUUUUAUUAUUUCACUAAUAGGAGACAUCAAGUUCCAGAAUUUUAAUCCUGUUCUUGAAACCUACAUUUACAAGCACUUCAGUGCCACGCUGGCAUAUGUGAAACUCUCCAAGGUACUGAACUACUAUGUGGCUAAUGCAGAUGACUCCAGCAAGACAGAAAUGCUCUUUGCUGCUUUGAAAGCCUUAAAGUACUUGUUUAGAUUUAUCAUCCAAUCUCGAGUACUCUACUUGAGAUUUUAUGGCCAGAGUGAAGAUGGAGAUGAAUUUAACAAUUCAAUUCGCCAGUUAUUUCUUGCUUUUAAUACGCUAAUGGACAGGCCCCUGGAGGAAGCUGUCAAGAUCAAGGGGGCAGCUUUGAAGUACCUUCCAAGCAUAAUUAAUGAUGUCAGACUUGUGUUUGAUCCAGUUGAGCUCAGUUUGCUCUUCAGCAAGUUCAUCCAAAGCAUUCCUGACAACCAGUUGGUGCGCCAGAAACUCAACUGCAUGACCAAGAUAGUAGAGAGCAAUCUUUUUCUACAGUCAGAGUCCAGAGACACGCUGCUGCCGCUGCUCAUAGACCAGCUCAGCGGCCAGCUGGACGACCACUCCAGCAAGCCUGACCAUGAGGCCAGCUCGCAGCUCCUGAGCAACAUCCUUGAAGUGCUGGACCGGAAGGAUGUGGGCCCCACAGCAUCGAACAUAAAGCAGAUCAUGGAGCGGCUCCUGAGACGGAUCAACCGGACCGUGAUUGGGAUGAACCGACAGUCUCCCCACAUUGGGAGUUUUGUUGCUUGUAUGAUUGCCAUCCUGCGGCAAAUGGAAGACAGUCACUACAGCGAGUACAUCAAUACUUUCAAAACCGUCCAGGACAUCACUGACUUCCUCAUGGAAACUUUCAUCAUGUUUAAGGACCUGAUUGGAAAGAAUGUCUAUGCCAAAGACUGGAUGGUGAUGAAUAUGACGCAGAGCAGGGUUUUUCUCCGUGCUAUAAACCAAUUUUCUGAUGUUCUCACAAGAGUCUUCAUGGAACACACAAACUUUGAACUUCAGCUCUGGAACAAUUACUUCCAUUUGGCGGUAGCAUUUCUCACCCAUGAGUCUCUUCAGCUCGAAACCUUCUCACAAGCUAAACGCAACAAAAUUUUGAAAAAAUAUGGGGACAUGAGAAAGGAAAUCGGCUUUAGAAUCCGGGACAUGUGGUAUAACCUGGGUCCCCACAAAAUCAAAUUCAUCCCAUCCAUGGUGGGACCCAUUCUGGAGGUCACACUGACCCCUGAAGUAGAGCUCCGGAAAGCCACCAUCCCCAUUUUCUUUGAUAUGAUGCAGUGUGAGUUCAAUUUCAGUGGGAAUGGCAAUUUCCACAUGUUUGAGAAUGAGUUGAUCACUAAGCUGGACCAAGAGGUAGAAGGAGGAAGAGGAGAUGAACAAUACAAAGAGCUGCUGGAAAAACUGCUCCUAGAACAUUGCCGGAAACACAAAUACCUCUCCAGCUCUGGAGAAGUCUUCGCACUUCUGGUCAGCAGCCUCUUAGAGAAUCUCUUAGACUACAGGACCAUCAUCAUGCACGAUGAGAGCAAGGAGAACCGCAUGAGCUGCACAGUCAACGUACUGAAUUUUUAUAAAGAGAAGAAGAGAGAGGACAUCUAUAUAAGAUACUUGUACAAGCUGCGGGACUUGCACCGAGACUGUGAGAAUUAUACAGAAGCUGCCUAUACACUUCUCUUACAUGCUGAGCUUCUGCAGUGGUCUGACAAGCCCUGUGUGCCCCAUCUGCUUCAGAGGGACAGUUACUACGUCUAUACCCAGCAGGAGCUUAAAGAGAAGCUGUACCAGGAAAUCAUCUCCUAUUUUGACAAAGGCAAAAUGUGGGAGAAGGCGAUCAAACUGAGCAAAGAGUUGGCAGAGACGUAUGAGAGUAAAGUGUUUGACUACGAGGGCCUCGGCAAUCUCCUGAAAAAAAGAGCCUUGUUUUAUGAGAACAUCAUCAAGGCCAUGAGGCCCCAGCCUGAAUACUUCGCUGUCGGAUACUACGGGCAGGGCUUCCCUUCUUUCCUGCGGAAUAAAAUCUUCAUCUACCGAGGGAAGGAAUAUGAGCGGCGAGAGGAUUUCAGCCUGAGGUUGCUGACCCAGUUCCCCAACGCGGAGAAGAUGACGAGCACCACCCCCCCAGGAGAGGAAAUCAAGGCCUCCCCAAAGCAGUACAUGCAGUGUUUCACCGUCAAGCCUGUGAUGAGCCUGCCGCCCAACUACAAGGAUAAGCCUGUUCCAGAGCAGAUUUUAAACUACUACCGAGCCAACGAAGUGCAGCAGUUCAGCUAUUCCCGGCCGUUCCGGAAAGGAGAGAAGGACCCCGACAAUGAAUUUGCUACCAUGUGGAUAGAAAGGACCACGUAUACCACAGCAUAUACCUUUCCUGGGAUUCUCAAGUGGUUUGAAGUCAAACAGAUUUCCACAGAGGAAAUCAGCCCUCUGGAGAACGCCAUCGAGACCAUGGAGCUCACCAACGAGAAGAUCAGCAACUGCGUGCAGCAGCACGCCUGGGACCGUUCCCUGUCCGUGCACCCGCUCUCCAUGCUGCUCAGUGGCAUUGUGGACCCUGCCGUCAUGGGGGGCUACUCCAACUAUGAGAAGGCAUUUUUUACAGAGAAAUACUUGCAGGAGCAUCCCGAAGACCAGGAGAAGAUUGAGCUGCUGAAACGGCUCAUAGCACUGCAGAUGCCUCUAUUGACAGAGGGGAUCCGCAUUCAUGGGGAGAAGCUGACGGAGCAGCUGAAGCCGUUACACGACCGGUUGUCUUCUUGCUUUAGGGAGCUGAAGGAUAAAGUAGAAAGGCUCUACGGGGUGAUCACACUGCCCCCCAACUUGACUGAGAGGAAGCCAAGCCGCACAGGGUCUAUGGUGCUCCCCUACAUCAUGUCCUCUACUCUGCGGAGAUUGUCUGUCACUUCCGUGACCUCCUCUGUGAUCUCCACCUCUUCCAACUCAUCAGAUACUGCUCCCUCCAGACCAGGCUCUGAUGGGUCCAUUUUGGAGCCACUUUUGGAACGCAGAGCCUCUUCAGGUGCCAGGGUUGAUGACCUGGCGCUUAAAGAGGACAAUGAGAACCGGAUGAACAAGUUGAAGAGAAAAGACUGGAACCUGAGCAAGUCCCAGGUCAUUGCAGAGAAAACACCAGAACCUGAUCUGAUGAGCCCAUCCAAAAAAGCACAAAGACCAAAGAGCCUUCAGUUGAUGGACAAUCGGCUGACACCAUUUCAAGGCUCUCCACCUCCUCAGUCAAUGCCCCUGAGCCCACCUCCACUCACUCCCAAAGCUGCCAGGACCCUCAGCUCUCCAUCUCUGCAGACAGAUGGGGUGACGACCGCUACUGUCCCACCUCCGCCUCCCCCCAAGACCAGCCAGAGGAACUCCACAGAGAUUGCUCCCCCACUGCCUGUCAGAAGAGAUGCCAAGGCCCCACCCCCUCCACCUCCAAAAGCUCGGAAAUCUGGAGUCCUUUCUUCUGAGCCUGGAUCCCAAUGAAAGUUCUACCCUUUGGAACUUCAAGCAACUUGGACCGCUGAUGCCUGAGAAUUGACUGCAUGGGCAGCUGCUUCCGAAGCUCAUUGCAUGCGAUGUCCUGCUGCCUACUUUCCUGCUCUCCCAUUGGGGUUGAUCAGACAAAAAUUGGUUCUAUUUGUUUAAAAGAUUCUUUUGGAUCAAUACCUAUGGCCGGCCACAUCUACGGAACAUGAGUUCCAGAGUGGCUGUAUCCUGUGCAUUUCUAAAAGCAGAGCUCUUGUCUCACCAUUGUUACAUGACAGCUGCCAAUGCAGAGCCACUGGCCCUGAAGAUGCUCAGAGAUGUUCCUCUAUGAUAGUGAUAGAAGAAAAUCAGUUCCCCGUUCCUUGGUGGGAUUUCUUGUGCUUCUGAAAAACUGCUCGAGAUUCACUUUCCACACCGUCCAAGGAAUAUGUUGGAAGAAACUUCUGUCAAGUACCUUUUGAAAGUUGAAAUAAUAUCUUUCUAAGGUCUUUCUGUCUUCCUUGAAGAUAGUAAUACUUUUGGAUGGGAGACUGUCUUCUUUGGGGUAUGUGUGUCUAUCAUGGUUGAAAAAACAUGCACUCAGUUUGAGUUCUGAGUUCGUAUGUCCUUCCUACCCCACCACUUGUGACAAGAAAAAACUGCCCGCCUCCCCAGGAGUCACCCGUGUCUAAUAUGCACCAGUCACUUCUUCCUAGACAAAGUCCUCUGAAGCUUUCUUGUCCCUUUGCCUCUUUUGAGUGCAAAUCACUGGAUAUAUGGAACUCUAAAGCCUAGAUUCAAGAACUCAACUCGCAGAUUCCAUUUGAAGGGCCUGUGGCUCCUCUCUACUUUUACCCUGGCGAAUACAGUGCAAUAUCUCAUUUUGAUUAUUUAUUCCUCUUGAUCAUGGAGUUAAUUUGAUGAUGUGUGUAUGAGAGCAAUGCCAGUACUCUUUAAAAAAAAAUGGAGUCUUUUCAAUGAUCAAGUAAUAUAUUGUACAUAAAUAGCAGUACAAAGUUAGAGAUAUUUUGAGCUGGAAGAGUCUCAAAAGCUUAAACAUGAAGCCUUUCCUUUUUGUAGAUAUGAAUAGUGAGGCUGAACACAGAAAAUUGUACCACAUAUUCUUACUAAUAAUGCAGCUUGCUCCAGCAGAUAAUCCUGAUCUAGAUCACAUCCCCAACUAACACUUUACAACCUGCCCCUAGUUGAAACAAGAAAGGAAAGGUCCCAGGUAUUUCUUCUUUCUUUUUUUUUUUGCUUUUUGGGUCACACUCGGCGAUGCACAGAGGUUACUCCUGGCUUUGCACUCAGGAAUUUCUCCUGGCGGUGCACAGGGGACCAUAUGGGAUGCUGGGGAUUGUACCCAGGUCAGCUGCGUGCAAGACAAAUGCUCUACCCACUAUACUAUUGCUCCAGCCCUUGUCCCAGAUAUUUCUACACUCUUAGGUCAAGCUUGUUUUUUUUGUUGUUGUUGUUGUUUUAAAUCACAAAUUCCCAGAAUUCCCGAGGACAACCUGAGGGUCAUCUAUUAAGGGUUUCUCUCACAACUUCUCACAAUCCUCUUUCCUCAAGGUAGAGAGCAGGGAGGGAGAUUUCAGCUUAAAGAAUUUGGAUCCACUUGCCCACUUGAGUGUGCUUCUUUCAGUGCCAUCUCUUUGAGGAAAGAUAUCCCAGUUGAUCACAAGAUCCGGAAGCAACCUCCUCUGAAAUGUGUCCAGUGACACUCAAGAAAUGAGUAAGGAUGUUCUAGAAGUGGGGAGGAAAAGAGAUCCUCAUCCUGUUCAGAAGAACUUCAUGAUGGCAUAAGGAAAGAACGUGCGCUUUGGAAUGAAUCUCAGCUGGUUUCAGAUCUUCCCUGCUCAACUACCUAUAAAUUUUGCUGAUUCUCACAGGGUAUUUUAAAUUCUCUAAGCUUUUAUUUUCUCACUUUUCAAAAUGGGAUUACGACAGUAUUUUGUGAGAUUUCAUGUCAGCUCAAACGAAAUUAUAGGUACUCAUGAAAUGGUCCUUCCUGUUCUCUGCUAGGCCUAGAGCAUUGUAAUACCAUCCUCUUUCCCUCAGGUAAUUUAGAAUUGAGUGCUGAUCAGUUCUUCACACACAGCUUCUCUCUUGGAGUCUCUCACAUAAUCUUCUAUGCCUAGAGACAAAGUGGUAUUAAGAACUGAAGAAGAUUCUUGGAGCCAGAGCAAUAGUAUAGCAGGAAGGACUCUUGCCUCUCAUGUGGCUGACCCAGGUUCAAUCCGUGAUAUCUCCUAUAGUCCCCUGUGCACCACUACAAGUAAUUCCUAAGUGCAGAGCCGGGAGUAACCCCUGAGCAUUGCCGGGUCCCAAAACAAAAACAAAACAAAUGAACAACAAACUCGAAGAAGUUUCUCAGUGGGGCAGAAAAUCUAAAUAAGUAACGGGAAGUUUACCUACUCAGUGUUGACAGAGCCCAGAGCAGCUUCUGAGAAGUUCCUUGACUGGAGGGGAUUUGAAUUUUCCCACCCUGCUUUUCUAGUUGUCUUUAAAAGAUGUUGUGUUAUCUCUAGGGAGGAAAAUAAAUCCAAACCUUCAGUUACUCCAUCAGAGCAGUAGAAAUGCAAGAUAGUCUUUGAUUAAAGGCUAGGAAAACUUAAUCAGUGCCCAGAUACAUUCCCUUCUUUCAUAUAACUUUUUUUUUUCAUUUCCUUUCCACAUUCUUAAAAAUACUAAGAUAUCUUCACCUGAACACAAAGCACUCUGGGUAAUGUUAUAGAUAAUAAAUUACAAAGGUCAUUGGAAGAUACAUCUUCUUGGGAAGCCAUUGUGUAGGAUAGUUUUACGUUCUACUGAAGCCAAAGAAGAAAACAGCAAAGAAAUUCCUGCUAACAUUUCAUUUUGAAGCGAUGGAAGUAAGGGGGAAAAAGAACUGAUGUUUACGUUCCUUGAGAAGAACUCUGGAGUAUUGAAAGCUGUUAAAAAUCACACCCAAAUGGUCACAUUUGUGGAUAUUCGUUUAUGAGGUCGAUUUAAAUCCUUUUCUUCUCUUUCUCUGUCAUGGUGACUGGUCUUACUUUAAGAACUUUUUUUUUUUUUGACAAUUGUUUGAUUCAGCGUCUGUCAUCCAUUUGACCCCUCUGAAACAGUUCAAUGUGUUGAAUCAAAUCGACCCCAAAAUACAAAGACAAUGAUAUGCUACGUAAUUGGAAAGUUUGUGAUGUCUGAAGAUAAUGAGCCCCCUCAUUUAGACUGUGGGUCCAGAGGCUGUCCCCCUUUCUCCAUCACACCUUCCCUCCAGAGUUGUAGCAUCAUCUGUGAGAAAAUGCUGCCCUAAAGUUUACCUUUCUUCAAUCUUUUCAAGCUGCAAGAGUCUUUCCCCCUUCUUUGCCCCCAGACUGUGGAGUGAUUUCUUAGUCUAAAAUUGAGACAUGCCUCACACACCAGAAAGUAGACAAGUCUGAGGUAUAUUGAUAGAUCAAAUUUUACAUAAAUAUACAACCAUGCCCCAUGCCCCUCCCAUCCAGCUAUGACAGCUUCAGCAGCACUCUAGAAGGUUCUCAUUUGUAAAAGGUAACUAGGAGAUGCUUUGAAUUUGUAUCUUUCCUUCUUCCACUUCUCAGGUAACAAAAAGAGGAGAAAAAACUUUCCAUAAAGGACCAUAAAGACUCUGUAUCUUUGGGGAAGUCAUCUCUUAUGGGCCUCAGUUUCUUCAUGUACAUGUAUAUAUUUGAGGUGACAUGAUUUUUAGCACCUUUCUUUUAUUUCAAGUGAAUGAAAAAGAGAAAGUGAAAAUGAAGCUCUGUCUCUGUUUAAAGGCUCUUCAGUCAAUGCAUGACUUUAUUAGGAUUUUAAAAUGGAAUUGGAAAAGAUCCUUUUCUCUUAGGGUGGAAUAAAGAUUGGAACCAUAAACUUAAUUAUCUACCAAAGGAGAAAAAGAUAGUUUUCCUUUCAGGUUGAUAAUUUCACACUGAUUCUAAUAAUCCAGCCAAAGUUGAUCUUUAGUAAAUGCUGCACAGAUACUUCUUUUAGUCAGUUCUUUCAUCAAAAAGCGACAUUGUCGUGAUUUUGUAAACUGGUUGGAUUUCCAACAUGGACAUAUAGGAAAAUGUGCAUCAAAGUAGAGACAUUUUGUUCAGAUUUGCUGUUAUUUAUUUUUUAAAUUAAAAAUGGAAAUUAUUUUCAA